AUGAUGAACACAAGGAAGCUCAUGAAGAUGGCAAAGAAAUGGCAACAAAGAGCAGCCCUCCACAGAAAAAGGAUCUCAUUUCAAAGAUCAAGUGCUGCAACAUGCUCAACCGCCGCAGAAAAGGGUUGUUUUGUGGUUUACACAACAGAUCAAAUCCGGUUAGCUUUUCCGAUAAGCUACCUGAGCAACUCUGUUUUCCAAGAGCUUUUGAAGAUCUCUGAAGAAGAGUUCGGUCUCUCGACUGGUGGACCAAUCACGUUGCCGUUCGAUUCAAUUUUCUUGGAGUAUCUUAUCAAAUUGAUCGAAAGAAAAAUGGAUGGAGACACAGAAAAGGCUCUUAUAAUGUCAAUCUCUAGUGCUAAGUGUUUUUCUAAAUGCUCUUUUCAACAAGAAGAACAACAAAAUAGUACUACUCAACAAUUACUUGUAUGUUAG